GAAAGGGGCUGAGCCAGGGCCUUCUUUCUACCAGCUGGUGCAUGAUCACCUAUGUCAGCUUUCAAAAGAGUUUGAGCAUUACUUCCCAACCACAAGAUUCCUGAACUGGGAAGAAAUGGAUCCACGACCCAUUUGUGAAUAAGCCAGUUUCAUAAUGAAGACCUGGAAAAAAUAAGACAUCACGAAACUGCCUACAGAGAGGUGUGGGACAAGUAUCAAAGUUAGAGAUGGCUCAGGAAGAGAUCCAAAGGCUCAGCGAUGAGCUACAAUCGAAGGACAGAGAACAGAGUAAAUUAGGUUCUGCACUUGAGAAGGCCCAACUAGAAAUUGAAAAAUUGAAAGAUAAUUUGGUAAAGCUGAAAGAAAAUGAUGCAGCUGACCUACAGAAAGCAAAGGAACAUAAUCAGAGACUGGAUGAGGAAAUUCUGGUUUUAAGAAAUCGAGUUCGAUCACUUGACUCAGAAAAGAAAGUGCUUGGCGAAAUGGUUGAAAGACUUAAAGGAGAGAUGUGUGACUCUCAAGAAAAUAAGCAAUUUGGAAACCACUCCCCUGGAAAAACUUCAGGUUCUGAACAGGGUGUACAGCAAUCAUCAUUUGAGGAAAAACUAAAAUAUCAGCAGCAAGAAGUACAACAAUGUCGCCAGAAAUUGCACCGACUCCAGAAUCUAUGCAGCUCAGCUGAAAAUGAGCUUCGAUAUGAGCGAGAAAAGAACUUGGACUUAAAGCAACACAAUAGCUUGCUUCAGGAAGAAAACCUUAAGCUAAAAAUUGAGCUAAAGCAGGCCCAGCAGAAGUUAUUAGACAGUGCAAAGAUGUGCUCUUCACUCACGGCAGAGUGGAAGCACUGUCAGCAGAAAAUCAAGGAACUGGAGCUGGAAGUACUUGAACAGACUCAGAGCAUUAAAUCACAGAACAACCUACAGGAAAAGCUGGCUCAGGAGAAAUCUAAAGUUGCUGAUGCAGAAGAAAAGAUUUUGGAACUGCAGCAGAAAUUAGAACAUACUCAGAAACUCUGUCUCACAGACACUUAUAUUUUAGAGAAGAAGCAUCUAGAAGAAAAGUUAAAAGAAGUGAUAGAAAAUGAAGCCAAAGUAAAGCAACAAUAUCAGGAAGAACAAAACAAAAGGAAACUCCUAAAUCAGAAUGUAAAUGAGUUACACAAGCAAGUAAAAACCUUACAAGAUAAAGAGAGUCUACUGGAGAUGACCUGUUCUCAGCAACAAUCCAAAAUUCAGCAACAAGAGGCCCUACUCCAACAACUGGAAAAUGAAAAAAGAAAAUACGAUGAGCAUAUCAAGAACAAUCAGGAAUUGUCAAAAAAGGUGUCUGGGUUACAGCAGGAGAAGAAAGCGCUAUGUGAAGAAUGUGGGCAAAUUUUGAAGCAGCUUGAUAUCCAAGUGAGAAAAUAUAAUGAGAAAUGCUACCACCACAAAGUCAAGCUUCAAAAAGUUAAGGAUCAUUUGAUUCAUAAAGUACAACUGCGAGAUGAGAGAAUUGACCAACUUGAAAGUGAAACUGGAAAACUGCAACAUCAACUAGAACAGGCGAAGGCAUUAAACAACCUGAUCACUGUGCAUAAUGACAACCUGCAUCUGGAAAAAAGGAAACUUUUGGAGCUACUCACAAAGAAAGAGGAAUUGGUCCGCAGCAACAAAUGGAUGAUGUCUUCAAGCCAGCAAAAAGUACAUUCCCUGGAUAAAGAAAAUAAGCAACUACAGAAAAAUAAUCACCGUCUCCAGCAGCAGAUUGGCCUCUUAGAACGAAUUAUAAGGAGGAUCCAGAAUUACAGAGGAGAG